AUGAGACUCAUCAAUGUACAUACAUUAGAACUGAAGACAUUCGGCCACUCAGAUAUUCCACUAUAUGCGGCACUUUCCCAUCGCUGGAGUGGGAACGAAAUCGAAUACGGAGACUUCAUCAACCCCGAGUCACGCAAUGGCACAGGCUUUGAGAAGAUUCGAAACGCCUGCCGCGAACGCAAUUUCACGGAGUAUACGGAAGCGAUUAAUUCCAUGUGGAACUGGUACAGACGAGCCGCUUUUUGCAUAGUCUAUCUGGCCGACGUCAAACACUUUGAACACCGGUCUGACUCUCUAGCUGCGCUGAGACAAAGUGAAUGGUUUGAACGAGGAUGGACAUUGCAGGAGCUACUGGCGCCCCGAACCCUGUUCUUCUAUUCGAACGAGUGGCAGCAGAUCGGCUCCAGCGGAGAAAGCGACUUGAUGGAUACUAUCGCUCGUGCUUCUAGGAUUCCUUCACGAUACCUGGGCAAUCGCAAAAAGAAAAUCACGGACGUUUCGGUGGCUCAACGUAUGAGCUGGGCAGCCCAAAGAACGACAACCAGACCAGAGGAUCUGGCCUAUUGUCUGAUUGGAAUUUUUGACGUCAAUACGACCACAAUGUACGGCGAAGGAUUCGGAAAGGCGUUCCAGCGUUCGCAGAGAAUGAUUCUGGACCGUUGCGAUGACGAAUCCAUAUUCGCUUUUACACCACGCAAGGGGCAAGAUGGUGUCUUGGCGACCAGUCCGAGAGAGUUUGCUGGAUGUGGCAAUAUCAUCAAAUGCACAAGAGAUCGAGAUCAAAUAUGA